AUGAAUGCCUCCAAACGUGACAAGGGAUUCGUAAAAGUGGUCAAAAACAAGGCCUACUUCAAGAGGUUUCAGGUGAAGUUCAAGAGGAGGAGAGAGGGCAAAACCGAUUACUACGCGCGCCGGCGGCUUGUGAUUCAGGACAAGAAUAAAUACAAUACACCGAAGUAUCGGCUGAUCGUGAGGUUCAGCAACAAAGACAUCAUCACUCAGAUCGCGUACGCGAAGAUUGAGGGCGAUGUCGUUGUGUGCGCCGCCUAUGCGCACGAACUGCCCCGAUAUGGGGUCAAAGUGGGGCUCACCAACUAUGCCGCCGCCUAUUGCACCGGACUCUUACUCGCCCGGAGGUUGCUGAAGAAGUUUCAUUUGGACGACAUCUAUAAGGGCGCGGAACAGGUGUCCGGCGAGCAGUACAACGUGGAGGACGUUGAGGGUAAGCCGCGUGCAUUCCGCGCGUACCUCGACGUAGGACUGGCCCGCACGACGACCGGCGCCCGUAUUUUCGGUGCGAUGAAGGGCGCGGCCGACGGGGGUAUAGAUAUCCCGCACUCGACGAAACGCUUCCCCGGAUACGACUCGGAGUCGAAGGAGUUCUCGGCUGCUGUGCACAGGCAGCACAUCUUCGGCCAACACGUGGCCGACUAUAUGAAGAACCUGAUGGAGGAGGACGAGGAGGCCUACAAACGCCAGUUCUCCCGGUUCUCCAAAUUAGGCAUAACUCCCGAUGAGUUGGAGAGCAUCUACACCAAGGCUCACGCGGCCAUCCGCGCGGAUCCCGAGUAUAAGCCGACGGCUAAGAAGACGUACCCACAGGUGAAGCGAUGGAACGACAAGAAGCUGACGCUCGCCGUCAAGAAGAAUAAGAUCGCGCAGAGGAAGCGGGCGGUGAUUGCGCGCCUGGAGGCCGGCGGCGAUGACUAGUGGGCCCACCCAUUGGUGUCGAAUAGAAAUUAUUAAUUUUUCGAAAAAUAAAAUAAUUGGUAUUAAAAA